AUGUGCGACUGUUUCAACCUGGGCUUCCCCAACUGGCAUGGCUCGCUGGGCACAGGGUCCGGACGAAGGCUGAAGGGACCAGAGCCUGACACGGUGGAUGAUUCAAUAUGUGAAGAGCCAUCUGAGUUUAUAGAGGGGGAGAGACCUCGCCCUCAAGGAUCCUCCCCUGUAGAUGAAUACCCUGAGACUGACAAAUACAAGGACAGUGAUAAACAGGGUGGAGGUGGGAGUGGCAAAAAAGGAAAGAGAGGUUUUGGGUCCCUGUUUGAAAAGCGCUCCCCUGCCAAGAUGAGUCAACUGGAGAGCCCAGAGUCAGGAGUGAUUGUGAAAAUGGCAAAAGAGACAUGUGCCGAGGGCCUUGUUGUAAGUGGAGGGAAGGAGGGAAUCUUCAUCAAGGAAGUGAGGCCAGAGUCACCAGCCUCAAAGCUUCUUAGUGUACAUGAGGGUGAUCAGAUACUCAGUGCCACUGUGUAUUUUGACGAUGUUACAUAUGAAGAUGCUCUACAGAUAUUGGAACAUGCCCAGCCUUACAAGAUGGAGUUACUUCUGAAACGCAAACCAAUAAAGACAUCCACCCUUGAGAGUGAACCAGCCCUUGAAAUCAUCCAAGUGGAAGAAGGUUCCUCUCCGGAAAUGAGGGGACAUUCAAAGACAAAAAAGCAUGGUGACCGAAUCUCUUGGCCCAAGUUCCCCUCCUUCAGCAAAAGUCAAAAGUCCCAUUUUAAGAGGUCUCACAGUACUUCAGAGGCAGAUGAUAAGAGGAAGCUGGAGCUUAGCCCUACAACAAGUGACACAGAGUCGCCAAUAAAAUCUCAGGAGGCUGUUAUAGGAAAGACAAAGAAGCAUAAGAUAAAGAUAUCAAGCAUGAAGAUGAAGGGCCGCAAGAGCAUGUCUGUUGAGCAGCCGGACCAGAACAUACACAUACUAACUGUAGAACGUGUAGAGGGUAUGGAAAACCAACAGAGUCAAGAUGACAUACACUCACCGGAUGGUCUAGAGAGCGCAUCAGUAGAUACAUCUCAAGUAUAUGUAUUAGAAUCAGAAUCUGAAAAAAUUGAAUCCACCAAGAUAAGAAAUGAAUGCAUUCUUCCAAACCUGGCAGGCUCUGAAACUAAACAACACAAGGUAGAACUCAUUAGUCUGGACAAAACUUUGAAAACCACAGACAGAACAGUUGCUCUUGCUGAUCAAGAAAGUCCCUCAACCAAGAAAUCUCCAGAGGGAAAGAAAAAGAAGAAAGAGAAUAAAGAGAGGUCAGAACUAAAGUUUACAUUCAAGGGAAAUGAGAAAAAAGACAAACACAAGCAAAACAUACCAGUAAAAUUAUCACUAAAAAGCCUGAAGACACCAAGAGCAGAUAUGAUAACAUCUGAUCUGUCUGCACAUGACAAUUCAUUGCUGAGCCCAACAGUAGUAUCACAUACGGAGCUGGAGGAGUGUCAACUCCCAAUUGAUAUCAACACUCAAGUAAUCAUCAAUGAGAGUUCAGGGAAAACCCUACCCUCCACUGAUAUGGAAAUGAGCAUGCCAAAAGUAGACAUCUGCCUUGACAUGUCAGAUAUAGGACUUAUCAGGAAAUCCCCUCAGAUUGGACAAGAACAACACUUGAAAGAAACAUAUGUUAAAACUGAUGUGAAUGCACAGGAAAUUAGCAUACAUGCUAAGGUCAUCAGUAUUACAAUGGAACCUGACUCGCAGAUGGAAAUACAAGCUUCAAAGUUACCUACAGAGAGAAGCAUUGAUGAUGUUUUAGCACAAAUUGGUACAAGAUCUGCUCCCAAAUUUAAACUGCAGAGGGUGGAUCCUGCUGACUUUGUUACUGACAAACCCAUAAAAAUGACAGACGUGAAGAUUGUAGAAAUGGACGUGAAAGGACUUACAGUUGAGGAUAAGGGUUUAAAGAUACUUCCAAGCCGUGAGGAUAUUGAGAUCCCAGGCAUAGAAGAUGCAUCAUUAACUAGCAUCAAGGCCCCAGUGAUAAAACAGCCUAAAACAGCAUUCACUCUUCCUGUUGAAGAAAUCCAGGCGCAGACUGUACAGAUGGUUAUAGACGUUGAUAGAGUUAAAGAGGCUGUCUCCAAAUUGCCAGGGUUCAAGCUGCCGAAGGGUGACAUUGCAGGCCUGCCUGCUCAUCAACAAAUCACAAUGACAGACAAAUAG